UGGGGUUCACAUUUGUUUACAAACAUUUCAAUCACAGUUGUGUUGAGGUAUGACAAUGGAUGUGGUGGAAGUUGUGUGACACAGAUAGCGCAUGUUUGAAAACAGGAAAUGGGCUUUGUAUAUCGUACCAGCAUUACGUUUUGUUGUAAGAAACUACGUAUUCGUUUCCCAUAUUCAGUGCGGGCGGAAAGGAAACAAUGGUUCCGUUUUUCUCAGAGGUUAAUGAACGUCGCAGGCGCAGAUUCGGAGUCAAGAAAAAACAAUGGAGAAAUUAACACUGUAGCUGUUUCGAAUAUUCGUAACUUUAGCAUAAUAGCGCAUGUUGAUCAUGGUAAAAGCACUUUGGCAGACAGACUUCUUGAAAUUGCUGGAGUUAUAGACCCAGUCGAAGGACAGACUCAAGUUCUUGACAUGUUGCAAGUGGAAAAAGAACGUGGCAUAACCGUUAAAGCCCAGACUGUCUCAUUGAGUUACAAGUAUAAAGAUCACGAGUAUCUGUUGAAUUUAAUUGAUACGCCUGGACAUGUUGACUUUUCUAAUGAAGUGUCAAGAUCGUUAGCAGCAUGCCAGGGUGUCAUUCUGUUAGUGGACGCCAAUCAGGGAGUUCAGGCGCAAACAGUAGCCAACUUCUAUCUCGCAUUCUGCAGAGAGUUAACUAUAAUUCCAGUUAUGAACAAAGUUGAUUUAAAAAACGCCAAUCCAGAUGCAGUGACAGAGCAGCUGAAGACUUUGUUUGGCAUAAAUGAGAAAGAUGUUCUAAGGGUGUCUGCAAAGUUUGGCACUGGUGUCAAAGAACUAAUUCAUGCUGUUAUAGAAAGAGUACCACCUCCAAAAGUGGACAGAAAAGCUCCAUUUAGAGCACUGAUAUAUGACAGCUGGUAUGAUAGGUACAGAGGAACAAUAAUUUUGAUGUACAUAAGAGAUGGAAGCCUAAAGAUAGGGGAUGAAAUUCAAUCUGUCCACACUAAAAAAGUGUACACUGUAAAAAGUCUUGGACUUUUAAGACCACAAGAAGAACAGGUGCCUGUGCUAGCGGCUGGACAGGUUGGAUUUACAACAUGUAACAUGCGGUCCACUAAAGAAGCUCAUAUAGGUGAUACAUUUCAUUUAAAGGAUAUGACUGUAGAACCUAUUGAAGGAUUCAAGCCAGCACAGCCCAUGGUUUUUGCUGGAGUUUAUCCAAUGGAUCAGUCACAACAUGUUGCUCUGAGAGGAGCUAUUGAGAAACUUGUUCUUAAUGACCCAGCUGUUUCUGUGUCUGUGGAUUCUAGUCCUGCUUUAGGGCAGGGUUGGCGGCUGGGUUUCCUUGGGCUGCUUCAUUUAGAAGUUUUCAGCCAGAGGUUAGAACAAGAGUAUGGGGCACAGGCCGUGCUGACAGCCCCCAGUGUCACUUACAAAGCCAAAAUAAUUGGAGAAAAGAACAUUAAACAUUAUGGAGGAGAAGAGAUAUUAUUUUCAAAUCCCUCUCACUUUCCACCUACAUCAAUCAUAGCUGAGUUACAAGAACCAACAGUCAUGGGGACAAUUAUAACUCCAGAUACUUUUAUUGGCAGCGUUAUUUCUCUUUGCAUGGAAAGAAGAGGCAUACAAAAGACAGCCACAAAUAUUGACAAUAACAGGGUAAUGAUGCAGUUUAUUCUGCCAUUAAAUGAAAUUAUUGUUGAUUUUCAUGACGAGUUAAAAUCUGUAUCAUCAGGCUAUGCAAGUUUUGAUUAUGAAGACCAUGGAUAUGUCCCAUCACAGCUGGUAAAGCUUACAAUAAUGCUUAAUGGUGUUGCCGUGGAUGAACUGAGUACGAUUGUACAUAUAUCCAAAGCAGUAAGUUGUGGACGCAAAAUGUGCGAAAAAUUGAAAGAGAUUAUUCCAAGACAGAUGAUACAGAUAGCCAUUCAAGCUUGUGUUGGAGGGAAGAUUGUUGCGCGAGAAACUCUAAAACCCUACAGAAAAGAUGUCACUGCUAAGCUGUAUGGUGGUGAUGUCACUAGAAGAAUGAAGUUACUGAGAAGACAAGCCGAAGGCAAGAAGAAAAUGAAAAUGGUUGCUAAUAUUGGUCUUCCUCGAGAAACAUUCAUUGAUGUUCUCAAGCGUUAAAUUAAAGGUUAUUUACUAUUGUUAUAACUACGGUAUUAUUGCUUUCAUUUUCACUUGUCUUUAAACUUCCUUUUUGUGCAAAAUUUCGACUGAUAAAUAACAAAGAAUGAAGACUUGAAAUUUUGUAUGUUGAACACACAUUUUUGUAUCAUAGGAGUAAGCUGGGAACUUAUUGGCAUUUCUGUCAUUCUGAAAUUAAUAUUGUAUUAAAAGGACCAAUAUAAAGGCUUUGCAAGUAUCCUGUUCACACAUUUUAGCAAAGGCUCACUCAUUCAUCUGUGUGGUAUGUUAAAAUCUGAAUUCCAGAUGUAUGAGAACAUUUGUAAGAUAGGGGAAGUAUUCCUCUACUAUGCUUCCUCGAAAUUAUAUUGGUUUAGUUUCAAACUUUUA